AGAAGCUCAAUCAAUAGGUCGUUUAGUUGUCAGUCGGCUAGAGAGCGCGAAGCAUCGAAAAUGUUCAGUCACCUCUGUAAUAUUGUCGGAUGCCUAUUCAUCGGAUUAGUGUUCUGUCAAAGUGCUUCAGUUGAUUGGGUACGCACUAAAAGGGACACACGUGAUAUACCAUCGGACAAGUUUAAGCCUCUUCAGCCUUCAUCAACCAAUGUUAAAGAGAGUCUCCCCCCCGUAAACAACGGCACUAAUUAUCGUUCCACAUUUCAAGAGCAUUCUACGGCCGAAGCCCAUCCAAGAUUCGGAUCCUCGGAAGGAAAUCGUGAGGAUAGCUCAUGGCCAUCCGCUCCGACAUUCUCAAAACAAAGUCGCUUUAGUCGUCCAGCACCCCUGCCCUCUUCUUCGGCUGGAUUUAAUACGCCCAAUUUUGACACCACAUUGGGCACGAUUACUGGCCCUUUCGUUAAUAGUCGCAGAAUCAGUGGUCCUUCGCGUUUAGGUCAAACAGUGUUUGGCGAAACUGGUUUCACUGGCCCCAUGCCUUUGAGCACGCAGAUGGGUCCACGCAUAUCGACGAGUAAUGGAUUUUUUACUCCCAUUAACAACUUCGAAGAGUCCGGCUUUGGUGGUGGCUUUCCCAAUAAUUUCUAUCGCUCAGAAUCUUAUAGCUACAACUCAGAUGGCAAUGGUCCGCCACACAUUCAGCAAAGCGUAUUCGACAGUCGCCUAGGAAACGGCAUGAUAAAUCGGAAGUUUUAACUAAGAUUUCUAAUCAAAUAACUAAAAAUACUCAAUAA